UCAGAGCCUGCCUUUUUGCUUGGGAAUAAUGCUGUGGUGGAUCGGAUCGGAUGAGGCUAAUCGCUUUCAUCAACAAUCGAAGUGCAAGAAGGUGAUGAUGGAGGACUUUACACGUUUAUAUGAAAUAUCUCAUCUUAGCAGUACCCCUAAACAAUGCUGCGCUACACCAUCAAGAAUUUUGUCAGAUAUGGUAGCUGCAAUUUCAACAUUUUCGACGAUAUUUUGUAUGUAUAGCACAUCAGAAUUUCAAAAUCGCAGCCAAAAUAUAACAUCUUCGAUGUGGGUGUUGUCUAUUGCAGCUUACAUCAUCUAUGUUUGUGUGAACCAUUUAUCAGCCCAACACGUUUUGUGUGUGUUCGGAAUUCAUUUGCAAAACAAGAAAGCAUAUGGUGGUAGCGGUAUUCCUCCUGGUAUUAUUUUGGUGAAUUUGUAUAGAACCCUGCCUUUGCGAACAGCAUCACGUUGUUGGGGAUCAGUCAACAGUGUAGAUGUACCACUUUUUUUGAGAAAACCAAUGUAUGGUCUUUAUAGUAAACUAUUCAAUGUCAACAUAGAUGAAGCUGACAAUUCAGAUCUAACAUCCUAUUGUAACCUGCAAGCAUUUUUUACUAGGGAUUUGAAGCCAAAUGUCAGGGAAAUUAGUAGUAAAGACUUGACGAGUCCAUGUGAUGGGCGUGUGCUGUACCAUGGAAAAGUUGAUAAUAGUAAGGUAGAGCAAAUCAAAGGUAUCACAUAUUCGCUCAAGUCGUUCCUCGGACCAGUAUCUUGGAAUAGCAACUUGGAUGCUGUGAGUCAUGAGGUACUGUUGAGAAAUUUCUUAUUGUUAUUAUAUUACCUUUUAGGUUCCCAUUAACAAUUUUCUGUUUUG